CCAACAAACUGGAAAUGGUCUUUUUUUUUUUCUUUUUUUAAAAAAAAAAACCAGGUAUGCUUCGUUCCCUUCCUGAUAUAAAAACUGCACAACCUGUAACUUUGGGUCAAGGUCAUUGGAUAACUCUUGAACAAUUAGAUUACUUUGAUAUCAAUGGUAUAAAACAUACUUGGGAAAGGUGUGUAAGAAAGAAUACUGCAGCUCCUUUGGCUGAUGCUGUUGAUAUUCAAGUUAUAUUACAAACAAAUACUGGUCCUCAUAUUCUUUUGGUCGUGCAAUAUCGUCCUGCUAUUGAAAAGUAUGCUCUUGAAUUUCCUUCUGGUUUGAUUGAUCCAAAUGAAACAGCUUUGGAUGCAGCACAACGCGAAUUACGUGAAGAAACUGGUUAUGAAGUAGACAAAACAGCUUUUCGGUUAUCAACUCAAUCUGUAUGUUAUGAACCUGGAUUGACCAACUCCACUUGCUAUGUAGCACAUACCACUAUUGAUACGACUACCAUAUCAUUACCUCCUAAACCUUCUUUGGAGCAAGAUGAAUGGAGUUUACAAACUAUUUGUCUACCUCUAAAGAAUCUUAUGACUCAUUUAGUUUUACUUCAAGAUAAGCAUCAACUUGUCAUCGAUUCAAGAGUUUAUAGUUUUGCUUCAGGAUUAGACUUGGCUAGAAUGAUUUUAUAGAUAGAUUAUGCAUUAGACGCAUGCUGAAAAAGGAGAACUAUACAUCAAACAGGAUUUAGCGUAGUUAGCUCCUCUCCCUUCCUCAAAUUUUUUUUUUUUUUUUUUUUUU